UUAAUGUUGCUGGUCAAUAUAACCAGAAGACUUUAUCAUUAGAUUGAUUUUGUGGCUCUUGUUUCCGCUAAUAUUUGUGUGUCUUCUUACAGAGCAGAGCAGGUGAUGUUAAAUUAUUAACCCAGGAAAAAUAGGAAGAAAAAAAAAUCACAAAGCAGUCACAAACCGUUUAAAAAAAGCCAAGUGUUUCUGUUAAAGGACUAAUAUCCCGAAGGGCAUUUUAUGUGUGGGAGGUUUCUGGCUUCACCUCUCAACAACGUCUCGUAUAUCAAAGCGGAACCCAAGUUGACUUUGAGCUGAGUGUGUGUUUCCACACGAACACAUUAUCUCGUCAAUCAUCGUUACGUAGCGGAGAUGGCAGCCCUCCGAACGGCACUCCAUGGACGAUUUGUCCAGGCCCUCCCCUUUUCCUUUGGGUCACUGCGGUUCACCAGCUCCUUUAAGGCAGCAGAUCUGGUAAUCGAACGCAACGCAGUAUGCAAGCCGAAGCCCGACCCCUCCACCCUGGUGUUCGGCAAACAGUUCUCCGACCACAUGUUGACCAUCAACUGGUCGGAGAAGGACGGCUGGGAGGCUCCUCAGAUCAAACCUUUCCAGAACCUGUCGCUGCACCCUGCCAGCUCUGUCCUGCACUACUCCACAGAGCUGUUUGAAGGCAUGAAGGCGUUCCGUGGAGUCGACAACCACAUCCGUCUGUUCAGACCCAUGCUGAACAUGGAGAGGAUGCAUCGAAGCGCUGACAGAAGCUGCCUUCCUUUGUUUGAUAAAGGUGAACUGCUGGAGUGCAUCAGGAAGCUGGUGGAGGUAGACCGGGAGUGGGUUCCCUACUCCCAGGACGCCAGCCUCUACAUCAGACCCACCUUUAUAGGAACUGAGCCGUCCCUUGGCGUGUCUCGGGCAGGAGAAGCUGUGAUCUUUGUCAUCGUCGGCCCUGUGGGACCUUACUUUGCCACAGGGUCCUUCAACCCUGUUUCUCUGCUGGCGGACCCUUCAUUUGUCAGGGCUUGGCAAGGAGGCGUCGGGGCCUAUAAGAUGGGAGGCAACUACGGUCCUACGAUAGCGGUGCAGAACGAGGCGGUGAAGCGGGGCUGUCAGCAGGUCCUGUGGCUGUAUGGAGAGCAGGAGGAGAUCACCGAGGUCGGCACCAUGAACCUCUUCAUCUACUGGACCAAUGCGAAAGGAGAGAGAGAGUUGGUGACGCCUCCUCUGGAUGGCAUCAUACUCCCAGGAGUCACCAGACAGUCUCUGCUGGACCUGUCCAGAGACUGGGGUGAGUUUAAGGUGACAGAGCGCACGGUGAGCAUGAAGGAGCUGCUGGGGGCUCUGGACGCCGGCAGGAUCCUGGAGGUGUUCGGAGCAGGGACGGCCUGUGUCGUCUGUCCUGUCGGCAGCCUCCUCUACAGAGGAAAGACGUACCAGAUCCCGACGAUGCAGAAUGGCCCGGACCUGGCAAAGAGGUUCCACAAAGAGCUUACUGAUAUUCAGUACGGACGCAAACCAAGUGAGUGGGCGCCGCUGGUCGUUUAAACGACCAUAUUGCACAUGCCAGUUGUAUCAACACUUAUUCCCAUAAUUCCAGUUUGGACAACCAGCAGCCCCCUUCUCAACCCACUAUUGCACUCCUGCUUACUUACCAACCGAGGAGACGGACGCCUCUGUGUGUGUGUGUGUGUGUGUGUGUGUGUGUGUGGACUUUCAUAGGAAUACAGUUGGUUGUUGAAAUGUAAUGGUUCGCUUUGGAAAGCAAUAUUAACCAUGAUAUGCAAUGUUUUGACUUGACACAACAGCUGUCACUGGAAGAGGGGGAAAAAAGCAAGCAAAUACAAGCAGCCAGAUUAAAAAGGUUGAUGUGCCUAGUGGUCAUAUCUAUUAGACUAGCAAGAGUGCAUUCAAAUCUCUAAACUCUAAUUGGGUCAAUUCUCCAUUCAAGUGUUUGUCUUUGUCACUUGGAUUAAUUCCUUGUGAGGAACUUAUAGUUAAUAGCACAAUUUUUAUCAACACUGCAUUCUGGUAUUAACAAGCUGACAUAUUUCAGGCGAAGGAGGUGAAAUAUGUGCAAUAUUAAAGCAACCACACAUUUGGUGUGUAGGACAAAUUAAGACAGUUAGCCUCUUAGCAACACGCAAUCUGUAAGUACUGUUUCUCAUCAACAAAAGUAUUAAAAUGUACUCCACAACAGCAAAAACGUAUAUGUACUAUAACCUGUACUACUUGCAACAACCUGUGGUGUUCCCCCCGAAACCUUUUAACUGUUACGUGUGAGUAGUACCUGUAAACACACCAUGAGAUAUGUUUUGUUACUGUAAUGUACAUAGUGAUCUCUAGAGUACUGCCGUAGUUUUCAUGGGGCCAUGUCACUUUGACACCAGAGUUUGCACUGACCUUGUUUUAAUGUCAGAUAUGUAUCUGAGAAUGACUCAGCUUUUAGAGAGGAAACGUGGGCGGUUUUUAUGUUUGUUGGUUUUGUUUGUUUAGAAUACAACUGCACAAAAACUAAAGAUUGAGAUUAAAAAGGCGAGGUCUAAGUGAACUUUAGCACACACAAAUGGCAGGGCGACAGAAGACCUACAGGCUCUAGAAGAGAAGGCUGAUCAAUGCUCGCAGUUACUCCUGCAUUAGUUUGUGUGUAAUCAUUAUGAAAACAAUGUAUAGUAACAAAUAGAUUGUGUUGUUAUUUUAGAGGUUUUUAAAUUAUAUUUUUUCCUUGUUUUGAUGUGAAAUUAGGCCGACUGUCUUCCAAAAGUACUUGACUGUGUCACCAGUGUUUUACUGUAAUCUCGGCUUCAUGUCCUUCCUUUGCUGGUUUUUUCUCUUUGAAUGUAUUUUUAUUUUUACACACAUACGACACACCUGUCCCUCUCUCUGUCUAAGUGCCUAACCUCAGUCUGUCCGCUUGUUCUUCUGUGGAUCUUCAGCAGCUGUUUUGUUUUCCAGUUUGUGCACUAGUGGAUAGAGCUGGAUUCUUUAAGUAAUGUCAGUUUAGGUUUUUUUUUUUUUUUUUUUAUGUGCUGUUACUUUUACUCUGCUGUUAUGUUUUUACAAUAAACCCAAUCUGAGUUCAGUCUCAUUUUGUAUUUGAGGCACAUUAAUUUACAUCAGUGGUCAUCUUCAGUAUAUUUAUUUGCAAAAUAAACACUUAACGAA